CUGGUUUCACAAAACAACACAGUUUCACUCAACUUUCAUUCGCUUCUUCGUUUCUGUUCAGCGCGUGAGGCGGGUCCGGGCUCAGCAGAACCUCCAGUCACCAUGUCAACGACAUCUCAGAAACAUCGUGAUUUUGUUGGUGAACCAAUGGGAGACAAAUCGGUGAUGGCGCUGUCGGGGAUUGGAGGAACUCUGGGAAAGAAACUGGACGAGCAGGGCUUCGACAAGGCCUACGUGGUCCUGGGUCAGUUCCUCCUGUUGAAGAAGGAUCCUGAAAUGUUCACCGAGUGGUUGAAGGAUGUCACCGGAGCCAACUCUCGUCAGGCCGGAUCCUGCGCCCAGUGUCUGAAGGAGUGGUGCGACGCCUUCCUCUGA